AUGCAGUACAAGGCACUCAUUGCUGGCCUCAUGGCCUCCGCAGCUUCUGCUGCCCCCACCCCUCAGGAUUCUUCUGACAUCGUCGGUGGAACCACUGCUGCGGCUGGCGAGUUUCCCUACAUUGUCAGCCUCCGCCAGAGCGGCUCUCACAUCUGCGGAGGCUCUCUGGUGGACUCCCGUACUGUCGUCACUGCGGCCCACUGCACUGUUGGCCAGACUGCAUCUAGCCUUUCUGUUCGUGCUGGAAGCUUGAACCGUAACAGUGGAGGAACUCUUGUUAGUGUCUCCUCGAUCAAGGUCCACCCUAACUUCGAUGAAUCGACUCUGAACAACGACAUUGCCAUCUGGAAGCUUGCCACCCCCAUCUCCACGAGCUCCACCAUUGGAUAUGUCACCCUGCCCGCUGCCAACUCAGACCCUGCCUCGGGCUCCACCACCACCGUUGCCGGCUGGGGCACCACAAGCUCAGGUGGCUCCUCGCCCACCACCCUCCGCAAGGUCGACGUCCCCAUCGUGUCCCGUGCCACGUGCCGUCAGAACUACAGCGCCGCGGAGAUCACCGACAACAUGAUCUGCGCUGGCCUGACUGCCGGAGGCAAGGACUCCUGCCAGGGUGACAGCGGUGGCCCCCUUGUCAGCGCUUCUAGCAGCACCCUGGUCGGUGUCGUCUCGUGGGGUAACGGCUGCGCUCAGGCCGGUCAGCCUGGUGUCUACGCUCGCGUCAGCACUCUCCUGUCUUUCGUCAACUCCAACCUUGGUUAA